AUGUUUAGUGGUAGAUGCUUUAAGGAAAACUGCUAUAAUAAGCUUGCUGGGAAAUGUGAAUGCGAAGGAAAUAUACUAUUUUGCAUUGAGCAUGCACCUGAACAUUUCCAAAAAUCCAACAGUAAAAGGCAUCAAUGGUUGAGCUCCUACAUCAAGCCAGCAGAUGAAAUCAAGCAGCCAAUCAUUGAGAAGUUGACUGAGCUUAAAAAAGAUAUUCAUAUUUGUUUAAAUUUCCAAGAAUAACGUUAAAUAUAAACUUAAUAUUUAUCUUAGAAAGUAUAAAACCAAUUAAACCAUGGUUUAGACUAUUGAAAAUCGCAUAUUAAAGGAUACAGAAAUGAAGUAAUUGCAGAAGCAAGUGAAGUAAUCAAAAACCUUAAAAUUGCAUUUGGGAAAUAUCUCGAUCAAAUUAAUCAUAUAGAAAAAAGAUGCACCAAAAUAAUUGAAGGACUGAUGAGCGGAGAACAGUUUCUUGAUGUCUCUGCUGAAGAUGAUAUGGAAAGUGUGCUUAAACUUAAUGCCCAAAGAGCCCAAUUAAGAAUGGCUGAAUGGGGUGCAAAACAAUGCUACUUGGAUUAUAGGGAAAUAAAUGAAGUUAUUAGCAGAACUUAUGAAAAUCCUUUUAAUCCUUUUAGAAAGGCCAUAGAAGAUACUAUUGAAUCAAAUGAGCUAUCAUUUUUUAGGCAUAACUCUCAAAAUUUUACUACAAUAAAUUUAGAUAGCUUUCAGGUAACUUCUACGAUUACUCUUCCAGUUCAGGAAAAUAUUCAUGGAUAUACCCAAAGCUGCAUACUGCCUGAUAAAUCUUAUUUUUAUUUCGGCAAUGCAACUAUCAAUUCAGGACUAACAUUUACGGUAGACAAAAAUAAAACCGUUCGACUAUUGCAAAAAGCAAAACAAGGUUGCUAUAUUGAUGCUGCUUUUUAUAAGAAUUUUAUGUAUUUGAUAGGAGGAAGUACUAAUAUGGCUGAAAGGUAUGAUUUUGCCAAAAAUUCGUGGGAAAGUAUAGCUCCAGUACCUCAAGGUUUGAAUUUCAGUUACAGCUGCAGUGCUUUAUUGAAAGAUUCAAUUCUUAUAGCUGGAUAUUAUUUGAAUAAAAUGAUAUGCUAUAGCAUUAGUCAAAAUAACUAUAAAGAUGUUCCUAAUUUAGUGCUGAAUGCUAAUUGUCAUAAAUUUAUGAUGAGAGGAAACAACAGAAUUUAUUUAGUAGAGAAAGGAAACAGAAUUAUGGAAAGCGCUGAAAACGAUUAUUCAAGCUGGACUCAGGUAGGCGACUGUGGUAUUGCAAAUGGCGGUACACUUCAAUCAAGUAUUGUUCGUUAUAAAGGUUCUCUUUACUCCAUUCAUUAUGAUAGCCAACUAUGGAAAUUCGAUCUGGCUUCAAAGCAAAUCUCUCAAGUAAAAAACGUCUAG